AUGCUGAAAUUCUACCUAGUGCAACUGGGUAAAGGUGACAACAAAAAUAGAAAGGCUAUUGUAUCAUACUUGGAAGCUAUUGAGGGUGGUGCACAAGCACAGAAAGAGUUGACCUUGUCGAUAAUAAACCAAUACUUUAAUGACUUAAUAUUGAAGGAUCAAGAUGUUUUGAAAGAUGAAAAUUGUUGGAAUAAAGUAUUAGGAUGUGUUCCUAAUGAGGAAAUAAAAAAUACUUUGAAAAAACAUUGGUCAUAUUGA